UAGAACAUUUAAAUCAUUUAGGUGAACUGAAAGCUGAGAGUGCGCCCACUAACAAAACACAACACAACACAACCCACCAACGACGACACCCCCAAGCUGAAGCCGAAACCAAUACUCAAAAUGGCGGUUUCUGGAGAUCUCAGAGUCUCCGCAACACUCUGCUCUCACCAUUCUCACCCUCUCCGCCCUUCUUUUCCUUCUUCAAAGGUUGAAUUCUCUGGAUUUUCAUGUGGAGGGCCUAGCAGUCAUGAAGUUGCACUUAAAUGGCGAAACACGGCAAUUGAUAGUCGCAAUAGGCGUGGCAUUUCACAGAUAACUACUGGGAGCUCAGAAAGUUUUGAACUGUCAUCAAAAACAUCAAGUCAAGAAGCUGAAACCUUCCUUCUGAAUGCCAUAAACAUGAACUUCUUUGAGCGUUUAAACUUGGCUUGGAGAAUUUUAUUUCCAAGUCCAGCAUCAAAGAGAAACUCCAAUGCUUUGAUUGCCAAGCAGCGACUAAAGAUGAUCCUCUUUGCUGACCGAUGUGCAGUUAGCGAUGAGGCUAAACGGAAGAUUGUUAGCAAUAUUGUACGAGCUCUAUCAGAUUUUGUAGAAAUUGAAUCGAAAGAUAAAGUUCAGUUGAGCAUGUCCACGGAUUCUGAUCUAGGAACCAUUUACUCUGUCACGGUACCUGUGAGGAGAGUAAAAGCAGAAUAUCAAGAAGCAGAUGAGAGUGGAACGAUAACAAACAUAGAGUACAAAGAUAAUGGAGAGACGUCUGGCUCUGUUGAUGUGAGGUUUGAUUUCUUCAUUCCAGAUUGAAUGCAUCUAUGCUUUUUUGUAUCAGUGAAAUUGAUAAAUCAUUUGUGUUUGAACAGUGGUAGUAACCAAAGCUUUCUUCUUUUGUAUAUAAAUUGCAUCGAUUUCUGUCGAGGCGUCAGAGAAUUGUACUUCAUCUGAGAUUGUAGUUGGAUUUACUCUUUACCUUAUCUUGCUGUAGUUAUUUCCGUCUAGAAGUAGAACCCACCUUUACGCUUUGUCUCA